UUUGAAGCUAUUGGUGUUAGAGUUACCUUAUCUCCUAUUCAGCAUUUGAUCUGGUAGCUGCGUUUUGAUCACCAACUUGUGGGUGUUGUAGCCUUUCAUUGUUUCUGUUGAUAUGUCGGGGGAUCCCAAACCUGCUUCCGCUAGUGUAAAUGAUGACUUGUGUCGUGUUGGGACUCUGGAUAACUCUCUUCUUGAUAUUUGUCAAAUUAAGUUGGAUGGUACCAACUAUUUGCUUUGGUCUCGCUCUUUUACCUUGGCUGUUACGGCUCGUGGCAUGUCGAAAUUCAUUGCAGGCCUUGUUACACAACCAACAGAUGCUGGACCAGAGCUUGAGAUUUGGAAGUCACAGAAUGCUUUGGCUAUGACAUGGUUAUUCAACUCUAUGUUACCUACUAUUCGUCAUAUCUUCUUGCUCCUGGACACUCCAUAUACGGUUUGGACUACUGUAGCACAAACCUAUUCCCAAAAGGGUAAUGAUGCUCAAGCCUUUGAGUUGAGGACGAAACUUAGGGGAUUGGAUCAAUACAAUCGGUCCCUUGUUGAGUAUUAUGCUGAGUUGCGUGGAGUGUGGCAAGAGCUUGAUUACUAUCGGGCCUUUCAAGCUGUUUGCGCUGCUGAUGCCACUACAUUCCACCAGAUGGUGGAGAAGGAGCGCAUCUAUGAUUUUCUUGCUGGCCUUGACAUAGAAUAUGAUCCCAUUCGAGUGCAGGUGCUAGGCCGGGUUCCUUUUCCUACUUUGGGGGAGGCCUAUGCAUGUGUUCAACAGGAGGAGAGUAGAAGGAGUGCGAUGGUCCGUCCUUCUAUUCCGGAUCGCUCUGCCUUGAUUGCUAUUCCUCCUCCACGGGAUGGUAAGUCUUCCCAGGGUCAGUUUGGUGAUAAAAGUGGUUUUGUUGAUAGAGAAUUGCUCCGUUGUGACUAUUGCAAUAAAACCAGGCAUACGAGAGAAUUUUGUCGGAAGUUACAUGACUGUCCCUCUAGCGGGAAAGGCAAUGGGAAAGGUAGUGGGAAAGGUGGUGGUCCUGUGCGUUCUCAUGCCCAUGUUUUGGAGUCUACUGGUGACAUGUUACCUGACCCUAUUGGCACUCAUUUGCAAGCUCCAAUGCCCGGUCCUUCCCAAAGUGGUGGUGUUCUUUCUCAGGGGAAGUUACAGACUCUCAGGCGCCUAAUGACUAAGCUUGAUUCUCCAUCUGCCACGGCUUCUGCUUCCACUACAUUCUCUUACUUUGCUCACACAGGAGCUGGAUACGGGGAGAAUGAUUGGCAGUGGUAAAGCUUUUUUGGAGUCUGCAUCUCGUCCAUCUUUUACACCCUUAUCGUUGGGUCAAGCUCUUGCAAGAGAUACGAGUUUAACUCUUUCUUUAUUGCAUCAGUGACAUCGUAGAUUAGGUCACCCAUCUUUUGGGAUUUUAGAAUUUUUUUUUUCCUACUUUAACUAAGCAAUGUAGCAGGAGUCAGUUUUUUUGUGAAACGUGUGAGCUGGCUAAACACAAACGCUCUUUUUAUGCUCCUGUUAAUCAAAGAAGUGAUUCUUCUUUUACAGUUAUUCAUUCUGAUGUUUGGGGUCCUUCCCCGGUUACUUCUAUUUCUGGUUAUCGAUGGUUUGUCACUUUUAUUGACUAUUAUUCUCGUGUCACUUGGGUGUAUUUACUUCGGUCCAAAAAUGUAGUGUUUUCAUGCUUUAAAUCUUUUCAUCAGAUGGUUCGUACUCAAUUUGACACCAACAUUAAAAUCCUUCGUAGUGAUAAUGGGACUGAGUAUCUUGAUGGGCAAUUUCGGACAUAUCUUAGUGAGUAUGACAUUCUUUUUCAAACAACUUGUGUUAGCAUUCCACAGCAGAAUGGGGUUGCUGAACGUAAAAAUCGUCAUCUUGCUAAGGUAGUCCGUUCUCUCUUGUUCACCAUGAAUGUCCCAAAAUUUUAUUAGGGCGAAGCUGUUCUUAUUGUAGCUUAUCUUAUCAAUCGCAUGCCAUCCAGUGUUCUUCAAUUUAAAAUUCCUCGAGUUUCUUCCUCGUAGUUCUUCGAUUUUUUCCCUUCCACCUAGAGUUUUUGGUUGUGUGUGUUUUGUCCAUGCUCCUAAACAUCCUAGUGGCAAGUUAGAUCCUAAGGCUCGUAAAUGCGUUUUCCUUGGCUAUUCCCCUACCCAGAAGGGAUAUAAAUGCUAUGAUCCUCACUCCCGUAAACAUUUUGUUUCUAUGGAUGUCACUUUUUGGGAAACAACUUCUUUUUACCCCCUCUCCACUACAUCUCUUCAGGGGGAGAAUCAUAUGGAGGAAGAGAUGAUGACAUCCCAUACUCAGGAGUCAUGGUCUUACUUCCCAAUACCUUGUUAUGGUGAGGGGGAGAAGGAAAACUCUAGGGAAGAACCCAUAUCUGAAG